UUCCCGCGGAAACUCCUUGAACUCCCGCUUCUCCCUUCCUUACCCACGGAAGCUCUGGCCAUGGCAGUCCAAGAAGAAGAUCGUCAGCACAUUCCUAGUUUCCCCGACGAGCCUUGGGAUUGGGAAGAAAUAUCUCUCAAUCUUCUUCUCCACUCCAACGUUGAUCAAGGCUCGUACAAUCUUUUAUUCUCUCCCUGUCGCUCUGAUAUUUAUUUGGCGACCCUUUUUCUUGUUUUUCGUAUUUCAGAGUUGGGGAGUGUGAAAUCGCCGUGGGGAAGAAAGAAGCAUAGGCUACGCUGGCUGGGGAAACCGAGAGCGAUUCCCCAAGUGAUUCUCAAGCUUCAGGACCCCAAACUCAGAGAAUCUGCUCUUCACUCGCUUAGUUCUUUCCUUUUCCUGGAGGUGCUCUUGAUCUACAGGAUGAUGGCUGAUGGAAGUCUAAAUGAGAGAGCAUGCAUGCGCCUUAUCAGUGUCAUUAUUCUAUUCCAGUGUAUUGCAGCUAAUAGAGAAACUCGGCAAAAGCUCAUGAACUUUCAGCCUGCAUUGUUAACUUCUUGGUACCCUGAGUACCAUUCAUAUCCACCCUGGAGGUGUAUGACAAUGUGAGAGCUGUUACCUUGUCGGUGUUUGGCAUUUUAUGCCAGGUACAUUUUAUUUCUCCGUACAGUGAAUCAUCCAGGACUUCCUCUGAUCUCAGAAAAAAAUUAACUUUUUCUUCCGUAUUACUGUCUUUCUUGAAGGCGAGAGAGUGUAGUGCUGUCCAAUGGGCUAUUGAAAAUGAGGUAGUGGAAGUAUGCUUGAUUGGCAUGGACACUGGAAAUCAACUCACAAAAGUGAUUGGACUGCACAUUGUUGAAUCCAUACUUCGGGUUGACUUUGGAAUAUCUUACAUAUUCAGUCCUGCAGCUGAUCAUCUAUUGACUAGACUGAUGAAAACAUGGGAUAAUUUGGUAAAUCAGAUAGCUGUGUUGUGCACGGCUUCUCUCCUCGAAUCCUCUUUCAUACCAUCCGGUGCUACACUCUCCUAUGCUGUGAUGAAAGGUAAUUUACCUGAUGUCCCUUUUGGUUGUGAAGCUGAAAGGUACUAAGCGAGCAUUUCCUCUUCUGUCAUCCAAAUGCAUCAGGUAUGCAUAACCAGUGGAUAUUUGUGUGACUAUGAUUUAUUGACGUAUGCGUGGUGCAGUGCAUCGUCAAACUGCUUGUGACCUAGUAGAUGCUUUUGAAUCUUCUAGUGCUUAAACUGAAAAAUGAAUAUAGUGCUGCAAAGUUCUAGCACUAGUUUGUCAGGCAAAUAUUUUACUGUUCUCAAUCUAUGUGGUUACUCCUGAUUCUUAAGUUGAGACCUGGCAUUCAUGUCUAGCAGGGGACAUGAUCUUGUGAAGCAGUCACUCCCUGAAUCCUUCACCAAUGGCACUUUUCAUGAAAGCCUGAAGGUAUUUGCUGAUAAUUUGGUUUCAGAUUAAACUUUUUAAGAAGGAUAUGCAAAUCUUGCGUUCAUAAUUUGUGGAUAUAUAUUGCAGGAGUUUCCGGUAAUUCAUAGAUUGCUUUCACAGCUAUUACUGAUUGCUGGUAUAAAUGACUCAUGAGCAUCUUCUUCAGCUCACGAGGUUUUGUUUUUCCGAAAAGAAUCAGGACUAAUGGUGUCAAGUGUUUCCUGGAACUGCUGCGUUUCGGGGAUCAGAUGUUGUAUUGCAUAAUUUAGAAAACCGGUUCCUAAGAUUGUUUCUCCAGAGAGAGAAAUUACACAAAAUCCUCUGGAAAUUGCAUUUUUGCUUGGAAUUCUUUUGUACGAUCUUCGAAUCCUCUAAAGCUUCCAACUUUAUGUUCUA